GGCGUGUUGCAAUUAUGGGAUGUAGCUGUUUCGAGGAGGAGGAGGAGGAGGAGGAGGGGGGGUUGUCAGGAAGAGCAUCACUCAGUUCACGAGGACAGCUGGGGGUCCGCGGGCUGCUUUUAAGAGCACAGACCCAACAGAUCGACGCUCAUUCCUAACUUGGCUCCGGCUGCCGUCGGACCAGCGCGCCCCUCACACGAAACUUGCCGAAGCACAUUUCACUCACGAACGAACCUUCUCUCUUUUUGUGCUUUCUGGAGCAGGCGUAGAUACCGACGUAGCUGGGACCGGAAAAAAAAAAAAAAGAAAUACAGAAAGGAGGAGGAAAAAAAAAAAAAAGAAAGAAAAAAAAAGAAAAAAAAACAAGAACUGGGGACUACAAGAGGCCUUCCGUUUACUUUUCGCCAAUUUCACCAACUUUGCCCUCCAGUCCAACUUUAGCAUGAUGUCGUAUCUUAAGCAACCACCUUACACAGUCAAUGGACUGAGCCUAACUACCUCCGGGAUGGACCUGCUGCACCCCUCCGUUGGGUACCCAGCGACGCCUCGUAAGCAAAGGCGCGAGCGGACUACUUUCACCCGCGCGCAGCUCGACGUGCUCGAGGCUCUUUUCGCCAAAACCCGUUACCCGGACAUAUUCAUGCGCGAGGAGGUGGCUCUCAAGAUCAACCUACCGGAGUCCCGCGUGCAGGUGUGGUUCAAGAACCGAAGGGCCAAGUGUCGCCAGCAGCAGCAGCAGCAGCAGAACGGGGGCCAGAACAAAGUUCGGCCGGCCAAGAAGAAGAGCUCUCCCGCCAGGGAGGCGAGCUCGGAGAGCGGGGCCAGCGGCCAGUUCACACCUCCCUCCAGUACCUCAGUGGCCACCAUCUCGACCAGCAGUGCGCCGGUGUCCAUCUGGAGUCCGGCCUCUAUUUCUCCACUGUCUGAUCCUCUCUCUACCUCUUCCUCCUGCAUGCAAAGAUCUUACCCGAUGACCUACACGCAGGCAUCAGGAUAUAGCCAGGGCUACGCCGGAUCUACGUCUUACUUCGGCGGCAUGGACUGCGGUUCUUAUCUCACCCCGAUGCACCACCAGCUGUCUGGGCCCGGCUCCACGCUCAGUCCGAUGAGCACUAACGCGGUCACAAGUCACCUGAACCAGUCCCCCGCAUCCCUGUCGGCCCAGGGCUACGGCGCUUCGGGCCUGGGCUUCAACUCCAGCGCGGACUGCUUGGAUUAUAAAGACCAAGCGGCCUCCUGGAAGCUGAACUUCAACGCCGACUGCUUGGAUUAUAAAGAUCAGACCUCGUCGUGGAAAUUCCAGGUGUUGUGAAAGGAACGAGCGUGAGCAAAGUCACCCGAGAGCAGCGGCAGCGAAACGAACAAGUAGUCCUGACAGCCUUCAGCGAACGAGUGUGUGAGAGACCGGACAUUCCGAGUUAGCCAGGUGUGGGACGUGAAGGCGCUGUCGGCCGGUGCCCCCCCACUCAUUACUCCCCCUCUUAUUUAAGGUGAGAGAAGAUGAUGAUGAUGAUGAUGAUGAUGGUGAUAAUGAAACAAUUAAAAUUAAAAAAAAAAAAAAAGAGAUCACACCGUUUUCCCGAGAACAUGUUGUUUUCCUGAACCUCGGAGGGCGCAAACCUGCAGCCUCCGCGUUUUGUGUGUGUGUGUGUGCGCGUGCGUGUGCGUGUGUGUGUCUCGGAAUCGCAGCACCUGUUGGUCAGUUUGAGGACAACUCGCAGCGAACUCUUAGCAAACUUUGAUCAAAGCCACGGAGCAAGUCGUUAUCCAGCAGGACGGAAGAAGUGAGCGAGAAGAGCCAGUCCUUGGCCAAGUGCUUGGAAUGGGCAGGUUUUUUCCCCCUGGCGCGCGGAGGGAGCGGACCCAUCGAUCAGGACGGUGUGUGGACUGCGCGCCCCCGAGGCGACCUGGAUGCACUACUUUAUUUAAGAAAAAAAAAUAAUGUUUAUAAGGAAUCAAUAUGUAGUUUUUAAGAGACAAUCAGUGUGUGUCUUAUAUAAAUGGUACAUAUGUGUUUUUUAUCUGUGCUAGCCUUCGAAACUGUGAUCUGUUGUAUUGUAUGCAAUUUGUGAGCUUCUUCGCAUCAGCGGGAACUCUGCUGUGAUUUUAAUAGGUUUAUAACUUUUUGAACGGAAAAAAAAGUAUUAAUACUGAUUAAAAAUUAAAAUUACCCGAGAUACCCGACUGCCCCGAAAUUUAAAGAGAGUGUCGGUGUUGGGAAGAAGAAGCUUGAGUGCAAAAAAAAAAAAAAAAAAAAAAAAAAGAAAAGAAAAGAAAAAAAAAACGCCUUUUACACCACCCCACCCUCGCGCCGUCUCCCCUCGAUCACACACUGAUCACACAUCAUGGACCUUAACUUGGCUCGAAUGGUAGUGCGGGCCACUAGUGAACAGAAACGGUGGACACAAAUAAAGGUCGUUUGGUCUGACCCUUCUUACAAUGACUAUUUAAUUCAAACUGGAUCUCUUUUUUUUUUCCUCUGUGUGUGUGUGUGUUUGGAAAUGUUUAUAGAAUAUUAUAUAAGUAUAUAUGCAUAAACGUCAUCAGUGGACUUCGCACAUGUAUGCAUUAAAGUCGUUC